CAAUACAUUUACAUCAUGAAACCGAAGAACAUCAUAAUCCUCGCGGACUUUAAACAUUAACGGCAUAUGACGCUAAACACCGCCAAACACUGCAGGGCAUCCAUGCCCGAAAUCAUGCCCGAGCUGCAAUUUGCCUACCGUUGUGCACCCCGAGUCAUCCCCGAACACUGCACAGUGACAAGCGUACUCGGCGUGGGGAGCGACGAGUGUACUCGGCGUGGGGGGCGAUGCGAACGAGCGCAGGCGCACUUCAAUUCCCAAAACUUUGGUAUAGAUGCCUUGAGUCUUCCACUUCUUCUGUCAGCUUGAUUCGGAAGCAACGACUCAUGUCAAAACAACGUUAACGGGGGGAAGAACGUUGACACGCCCACCAAGUACUGAUACUGAUAUCGAUCGAUGAGUAGCCAUGUCCUCCGUAACUGAUUCAGUCAUCUUCAGAAACAUAUUCUCAACUCCAGCCAUAUCUUCCAUCUGGUCAGACACCCAACGCACUUCUUAUUAUCUCCUCUUCGAAGCAUCAUUGGCCUCUGUCCAGGCAGAUAUUGGAAUCAUUCCUCGCAAGGCUGCCGAUGCCAUCCUCGCUUUCUCCCAUGUCACCAACAUAGACUUCGAUGAACUAAGAAUACAGACAGAAACAAUUGGCUAUCCCGUCCUUGGUGUAGUCAAACAGAUAGUCCAAGGAGUAAACUCUAUUGAACCUGGCCUAGGCGAAUGGGCCCACUGGGGUGCUACCACCCAGGAUGUCACAGACACCGCAACAAUCUUGCAACUUCGAGAUACUCUUAAUCUGGUCUCAGACGCGUUAAACGCUAUUACCUCGGAUCUCCGCCGUCUUUGCCAAACCCACAAAGCAACUCCUAUGGCGGCUCGCAGCAAUCUUCAGCAAGCUGUGCCCAUGACCUUUGGCUUCAAAAUGGCCCGCCUCCUUGCCACCUUUGAGCGACACAAACAACGCCUUGCUGAAAUCAAAUCUCGUCUCCUCGUGCUCGAGUUCGGCGGCGCUGCCGGGACACUCGCCACCAUCAAAGAUGGUCGGGGUCUCGAAUGUCAAGCAGCCCUCGCUCAGAAAUUAGGUCUGGCAAUCCCGGAGAUCGCGUGGCACACAGAACGUGAUCGCAUCGCCGAGGUUGGCGGCUUUUUCGCCCUUCUCACGGGGACCUGCUCUAAAUUCGCUUUGGACGUCAAGCUUAUGAUGCAAACGGAAGUCGGGGAGGUCUCAGAGCCGUUCUAUCCACACCGCGGCUCUUCCUCGACGAUGCCCCAGAAGCGUAAUCCCAUCUCGAGCGUGUAUAUCACUGCUAUGAGUGCGACUGUCCGUCAGCUCUCUGCAGCGCUGUAUGAUGCCAUGGUCGAGGAUCAUGAGCGCGCAACGGGGCCUUGGGAGAUUGAGUGGAUCGUGCUCCCGCAGAUCUGCACUCUCACGCACGCUGCAUUAUUGAAAACGUCCGAACUCAUUGCGGGGUUGGAAGUCCAUUCGGAUGCUAUGAAGAGGAAUUUAGAUAUCACAAGAGGCGGCGUGGUAAGUGAGGCUGUCAUGAUGGGGCUCGCUCCAAAAUUAGGACGGCAGUUCGCGCACGAUUUAGUAUAUGAACUGUGCAGGCGGUGCGUACAGGAGGAUGUCCCUUUGUUGACACUCCUAUAUGCGGAUGAUAAAGUCCGGGCAAGUGGGCUGUCGAGGGAGGAGCUUGAGAGGCUCUGUGAUCCAGCCAAUUACACGGGGCUGUCCGUGGAAAUGGUUGAUCGCGUUCUAGCAGGUACCUUUCCCGGUCAGUAAAUAUGAUUUUGCCAGCUAUCGGUUGAUUUCUGGGUAGGACUACAAAGUUAUGCGCCACAUGCCCGAUGUGACGCUAGUGUAUAGCUUUGCCAGUAGACGCAUAAUUUGUCGUUUUUGCAGAGCCAGUACUUGUCACUUGCUAAAGACCACACGGGGGGUAUCGCACGAA